UGUGCAAAUCAGAAAGGUGAAAGUGAAGUGACAUUGUCAAUACGUCGUCGUAGAGGCAGGUUUCACAGAAUUUGGGGCGUAAACACAAAAGGACAGAGCUUUCUCCCUCCGAUUGGUUCCCUCUCAUCAUCUCUGCAUUCCAACAAUUGCACCUUCCAUUCUGCAUUUUAGGUAAUGGCUACGAGGAAAGUUAUAGCUAUAUGUCAAUCAGGGGGUGAGUUUGUGACUGAUAAGGAAGGAUCGUUGUCAUACAGUGGGGGAGAUGCCUAUGCAAUAGACAUUGAUCAGCAGACAAGUUUGAGUGAUUUUAAGUCAGAGAUAGCAGAAAUGUUCAAUUGCAAUGUAAGUACGAUAAUUAUCAAGUACUUCCUUCCUGGCAACAAGAAAACACUUAUUACAGUGUCAAAAGACAAGGAUUUGCAGCGCAUGGUCAAUUUCCUCGGAGAUGCUAACACGGUUGAUGUGUUUGUUAUGUCAGAGGAAGGAGCUGCUCGAAAUAACAAUUCCAACAUGCCUGGUAGUAGGUCAAGCAGGACAACUGUGUCGGAAGCCACUGUACCUGUUGUUGCUCCUAUUGAUGUCAUUGUUGAUGCUGUCCAAUGCAUGGAUCAGGUAGAGGUGGUAGAUGUAGCUAAUGAAGUCCAUGUACGUUCUAUUUGUUCUGGGGGCAAUGAUGACAAUCAUCGUAAAGCUGCACAGCAGUGGGAAAAUACCAUCACUGGUGUGGACCAAAGGUUCAAUAGUUUUAGUGAAUUUCGAGAAGCUUUGCAUAAAUACUCUAUUGCUCAUGGGUUUGCUUACAAAUAUAAGAAAAAUGAUAGUCAUCGUGUCACAGUCAAAUGUAAAUCUCAAGGCUGUCCUUGGAGAGUAUAUGCAUCAAGGUUGUCAACCACUCAGUUGAUUUGCAUUAAGAAAAUGCACUGCGAUCAUACUUGUGAAGGAUCUGCCGUUAAAGCUGGGUAUCGAGCAACUAGGGGUUGGGUGGGAAGUAUUAUAAAAGAGAAAUUGAAAGAUUCACCUAAUUACAAGCCAAAGGAUAUAGCUGAUGACAUAAAACGGGAGUAUGGGAUUCAGUUAAAUUAUUCUCAAGCAUGGCGUGCAAAAGAAAUUGCUAGAGAGCAGCUUCAAGGCUCCUACAUAGAGGCAUAUACUCAGUUACCAUUGUUCUGUGAGAAGAUAAAAGAGACCAAUCCAGGGAGUUUUGCAACAUUCACAACUAAAGAGGACUCAAGUUUCCAUCGUCUCUUUGUAGCAUUUCAUGCCUCAACAUCUGGUUUCCAGCUUGGCUGUCGCCCUCUCAUUUUCCUUGACACAACUCCUUUAAACUCAAAGUACCAAGGGGAGUUAUUGGCUGCAACUGCUGUGGAUGGAAAUGAUGGCAUUUUUCCUGUAGCUUUUGCAGUUGUAGACACUGAGACUGAAGACAACUGGCGCUGGUUUCUACAGGAACUGAAGUUAGCAACAUCAACAUCCGAGAAGAUCACAUUUGUUGCAGAUUUUCAGAAUGGCUUAAAAAAAUCAUUGUCUGAUGUAUUUGAAAAAUGCUACCACAGCUAUUGUUUACGCCACCUUGCUGAGAAAUUGAACAAGGACUUGAAGGGACAAUUUUCUCAUGAGGCCAGACGUUUCAUGGUUAAUGAUUUUUAUGCUGCUGCUUAUGCGCCCAAAUUGGAGACUUUUGAACGUAGUGUUGAGAAUAUUAAAGGUAUUUCUCCUGAAGCCUAUGAUUGGGUCAUACAAAGCGAGCCAGAGCACUGGGCAAAUGCAUUCUUUAAUGGGGCAAGGUACAAUCUUCUUUCAUCAAAUUUUGGACAGCAAUUCUACAGUUGGGUGUCAGAGGCACAUGAAUUGCCAAUUACUCAAAUGAUUGAUGCAUUACGAGGUAAGAUGAUGGAAACAAUUUAUACACGACGAGUAGAAUCUAAUCAAUGGAUGACAAAGUUGACACCAUCCAAGGAGGAAUUACUCCAAAAGGAAACAUUAGUUGCUCCUUCACUUCAAGUAUUGUUCUCACAAGGUAGCACAUUUGAGGUCCGUGGAGAAUCUGUGGAUAUUGUUGACAUUGAUAAUUGGGAUUGUAGCUGCAAGGGAUGGCAACUUACUGGUGUGCCCUGCUGUCAUGCCAUUGCUGUGUUUGAAUGUGUUGGUAGGAGCCCAUAUGAUUAUUGUUCGAGAUACUUCACAGUUGAGAAUUAUCGAUUAACAUAUGCAGAAUCUAUUCACCCUGUGCCAAAUGUUGACAAACCACCAGUCCAGGGUGAAUCUACUUCUUUAGUUAUGGUAACCCCUCCACCAACAAAGCGCCCUCCAGGUCGGCCAAAAAUGAAGCAAGUUGAAUCAAUAGACAUAAUUAAACGUCAGCUUCAGUGCAGUAAGUGCAAGGGACUUGGCCACAAUAGGAAGACAUGCAAACUAUCAUAGUAUCACAAUUAACAACAUAGGAAUCGUUUUUUAAUCAAAAUGCACAUCUCUGAGCUAUUUCCAACAACAGUACAGAAUUGAGAUAUAUUUUAGUGGCUGCAUAGGAUUUGAUUCAGAUCUCCAAAAUUCUUGUGCUGAUGAUCUAGAGAUUAUCAAAUUGCGAUAUUAGUUAGUUAGUUAGUCAGUUUUUCUCCUUUUGCCCUAUCCAAUGUUAUUUGCCAGGGAACAAAUUACUUGGUCUUGAGAAGUGUAUAUAUUUUGUUAAGAUAGAACAGAAACCAAGAGUUCUCAGAGUAGGCUUUCCUUGUUACGAUUUUCUAUUUAUUUAAUGGAAUCUAGUUCUUGGCUAAAGAACUAGAUGCCUCCUUAACUUGGAUGUUACCUUGGCUUGUGAUUUUCUUAUGGAGCCAUUAUAGGAGAUGCCUCCUUAACUUCAUCAUGACCGGUGGAAGACAUCUAGAUACAUGUUGCAUACAAUACAAGCUGUAAGAGUGCUUAUGUGAAGUGUCUUUUGCAUACCUCACUGAAUGCAAAAUUUAUAAUCAUUAUAGCUCUUUCUUAAUGAUAUUUAAAGGUAUUUUCAUAUGA